UGACAAGUUCCGCCAUUUCCCCCCCACCUCGGGCCCCGUCUGAGUCCUUCUUCCUCCUCCUCCAUUGCGCUGUUAUCGGCUAGUGGCGGCGGUACGGGGAGGCGGAGCGGCGGCAGACAGACACAGGCAGGCAGGCUGGCUGGCAGGCGGGGAUCCGGUGUGUUCCACAGUGGAAUGAAAGUGGCAAACACCGCAUCCCUUAUGACAGCAAUUAGGGGCGCGACGACAUAUUGUAACAUUUGUUAUUGUCUCCUUAUUAUAAUAGCCUGACUCGACUAGCUUAGCUUUGAUUGCAUACUUCCACUACGGCGGGGAAGGGAAGGAGGAGUCCGGCCGGGUUUCAGUAGUAGGUGGAUUAUUUAUGUCACUUUUUUCUUCCUAGGGCUCAUUUACGAAGAUAAAACAACGGCCAGAUCUGCUAUUUUUGAAGGCUUUUUUUCGUCGCACCGAGUGAGCGAAGAUGUCGGGGCAGAGCAUCACGGACCGGAUAACGGCAGCCCAGCACAGUGUAACGGGAUCCGCCGUGUCCAAAACCGUAUGCAAGGCCACCACUCACGAGAUAAUGGGCCCGAAAAAGAAGCACUUAGACUACUUGAUCCAUUGCACCAAUGAGAUGAAUGUGAACAUUCCCCAACUGGCUGACUCGCUGUUUGAGAGGACCACCAACACCAGCUGGGUGGUUGUGUUCAAGUCAUUGAUCACUACACACCACCUCAUGGUGUACGGAAACGAGCGUUUUGUGCAGUACCUGGCAUCGAGGAACACACUAUUCAACCUCAGUAAUUUUUUGGACAAAAGCGGCCUGCAAGGUAACACUCAUCAAACUAUCAUGUUAUACCAUGUAACACAUGUUAAAGUCGGUAAUCCUCUGUUCAUUUCAGGGUAUGACAUGUCCACCUUUAUCCGGCGGUAUAGUCGCUACCUAAAUGAGAAAGCCGUCUCAUACAGACAGGUUGCCUUUGACUUCACCAAAGUUAAGCGAGGAGUGGAUGGCGUCAUGAGGACCAUGAAUACAGAGAAGCUUCUCAAGACCAUCCCUAUUAUUCAGAACCAGAUGGACGCCCUCCUCGAUUUCAAUGUCAAUGCCAACGAGCUGACUAAUGGAGUCAUCAACGCUGCCUUCAUGCUCCUCUUCAAAGACUCCAUCAGGCUCUUUGCCGCGUAUAACGAAGGUAUCAUCAACUUGCUCGAGAAAUAUUUUGACAUGAAGAAGACUCAGUGCAAAGAAGGUCUGGAUAUUUACAAGAAAUUCCUCACCCGAAUGACCCGAAUAUCAGAGUUUCUCAAAGUGGCUGAGCAAGUGGGCAUUGACCGAGGAGACAUUCCAGACCUUUCCCAGGCUCCCAGUAGCCUUCUUGAGGCUCUGGAGCAGCAUUUGGCCUCUUUAGAGGGCAAGAAGGUGAAAGACUCUACUGCAGCCAGCAGGGCCAGCACUCUGUCGAAUGCUGUGUCGUCACUUGCGAGCACGGGAAUGUCUUUCACUAAAGUGGAUGAGCGGGAGAAGCAAGCAGCCCUCGAAGAGGAGCAGGCCCGACUUAAAGCGCUUAAGAGGCUCAAGGAGCUCUCCAAAAGGCCCUCCUUUGCCACCACUGAUACAUCGCCUAUCUCCACCACCGGGGGCACAAUCAGCACGGCCCCAGCUAUCGAUCUAUUUUCUACACCCAGCUGCUCAAAUGGCGCAGUGAAAAUGGAGAGCGACCUAUUUGACCUCCAGUCAACGUUCCAGCCCUCCAUGCAGUCCGCCUCAUCAGGGCUUCCCGUGGCAACAGCGUGGGCAGAUCCUUUCACCUCCGCUGAAGCUGGAGACGACUCCAUGCCAAACCUUAACCCUUUCCUCUCAAAACUCGUUGUUGAUGCCUCUCACUUACCUGUCGUGUCUUCAGACGGUGUUAGCUUUUCCACUAGGACAUCUGCUCAUGAAAUGUUUGGUGAUCGUUACAAUCCCUUUAUUGACACAAACUCGUCUGUUUCAACCAAUUACAAAUGCACAGUGCGGCUAGAACACUCCAUCUCAGACUCCUUCUGUGGCCCAGUGUCCAUAGCCCAGCACCUUCCACACCAGGCUCCUUUCCCCACAGAGCCCUCUACUGUAGCUGGUCUAUUCAGAGGAUACUCAACGCCUCAGCCCCCUCCCCAGCCACCUGCAGGGAGUCUGCAAGUGGACUUUGAGUCUGUUUUUGGAACAAAAGCUACAGGCAGCAACAGCCACAGUGUCGAUGAUAUUCUGAAACCGACUCUCGCUGGCUCUAACCAGCCGUCCAAUCAGCAACCAGAUAAGCUGGUGUCUGAUGACCUUGACUCCUCCUUGGCCAACCUUGUGGGCAACCUCGGCAUCGGAAACGGCACGAUGAAGAAUGACAUCCACUGGAGUCAACCGGGCGAAAAGAGAAUGACGGGUGGCACCAACUGGCAACCCAAAGCGGCACCGACGACAACCUGGAACCCUGUCUCCAUGCCGCCAUCCAUCAUGGCCUUCCCCGCCACCACGCCCACAGGCAUGAUGGGAUAUGGCAUGCCUCCUCCACCAAUGGGGUCCAUGGGCAUGAUGAAUCCCCCUACGAUGAUGUACGGCCAACCUGUAAUGAGGGCACCCAACCCUUUUGGCUCGGUGUCCAGUACUCAGCCCUCUGCAGCCUCUAGCCCUUCCAGCCAGAGUCCACUCCGAGCCCCUGGACAGGACCCGUUUGCACACCUCUCUCUCAAGGAUUUCUUGUAGAGCGUCUCUUUAGACGCAGUUCAUGUAAUUUUGAGGAGCUCGUCUCUUGGGAAGAUGAAGCACUUAGCAGCAAAAAGCUUUGUCCCCGUCGCAGUCCAACAACUCUUCUGAGUGACAUUCACCCCAUCCACACCAGUCCCCCUAAAAUAACUGAUCAUGUCAAGAACCACCACCACCACGACCACCACCGAAACGGCAAAGCGACUGUCAGAAACCAUGGUAACCAUGUCAAAAGUAAAAUGACGUUUUGCUCACACACACAAACACACACACGAGUCUCUUUAUCCUGUCCCUCAAGACGUGGAGUGAUGCUGCUGUCUGACCCCCUAAAAGGACUCCCUCUACAUUUUACAGUGUCAUCUCUAAGAUCAAGAUAGUUCUGGCUGCUGAGAACAUUUAAUGUUAUGUAUUUGGUAAAAAAAAAAUCAAAAAACCCAACAAACAUUCUGUAAUUGGAUGUUGAGCAAAAGGGGAGCAGGGGGGAUAGUUAUAGGGCGACCUUCCCCUAUCUCGACGCCAUCGUCAGUCACCCCUGCAGUUAUUUAACCGUCACCGAGUAGUGAUGCUAAUGACGUUUACACCUGUUUAGCUUUUGUCUUUUUUACCGUGUUUACAGUAGACAUUCCCUGCGUGUUUGUAUUUAUUUAUGAUUAUUGGUUUAAGAUUGAGGGGGCGGAAUCUAAUGUAAAAUCAACAGUACAUAAUAUUGAGCGUUGAACACGCGUGGGAGUGCUUGAGCAUUAAACAUGGACUAUCAUUAAGAGGUAGAGACCAAUAGCUAUUAUAUAAAUGACACCUAUUAAGCUAAGUGAUAGAGCACUAAAUAUUUGUUAUUUUUUCUUUUUUGUUUAUUUGUUUUUUUACUACCACCGUUAGAAAAAGAAUCACAGCCGCCACUGUACUGUGAGUGCAGGUCCCCCCCCCCCCCCCCCACCCCACAUUAAGAGUCACUAAAGAGUACAUUCUGUGCCUAUAGGGAUCUUUUUUGCAAGCGAUCUGUUUCCUGUCUAGUUGAGUAACACUUCACGCACCAUCCUGACGGCGGAAGGCUCCAUUUGCUUUAAAGCUUGGCAUGCCAUCGACUCACUAAGCGUACUCAAGGCUGCCUUUACUAUGAAUGUGCAGAAUUGUCUUCAUGUUGCACACAUCUUUCCACGCCGCGCGCCCCCCGCCGGAGUCCAAACAAUGUGGGUCUGCCUGCUUGCGUCAAGGGGGGCGUAGAUUUGAUGUAAAUUAAUUGUAUAAAAGAUCCAGACGAUGUUUGGCGGAGGGGCGGCGGCAGUGGUGGAGGGGAUGAGCGAGCACUGUUGAUCGGUGCUCUUGUGUAAAUAUAAUAAUUAAAAAAAAAGUGACUGUUCUUUGAUUGCAAAAGUGAAAGAUGUAUGAAAUAUGAACACAAUUCAAUCAAAUUGGGCUCAACCUAAGUUUGAUUCAGGAUUCUCCUCUGCGUUUUGUCGCUGCAGAUCUAUUCUCUAUGUCAUUAGAACCUGUAGCAGACAUGACUGAAAUAUUGUUUUUCUUUUACAAAUAAAGAGCAGCUUCCACAAAAUGA